AACAUAUCCAUGAAUGUCCACAAGCUUUGGGAGUUCCGAGAGUACAUGAACGUUAACGGCAUGAUGUUCAGCAGCGAACUGAUUUCCAUGCUGCAAAACUCCCUCACUAUGCUGCAGGCAGAGAACCACUUCACACACAUGCAGUACUGGGGACAGUUGUACGCCGUAGAUGGUGACUACCACAUCGCAGUUGGCAUAACCAAUGAUGCCGUGGCAGAUCGCAAAUAUUUUUACACGACCGACUUUAAGUACUGGGCUUUAUUGCCGAAAGCAAAACGACGUCACAAGUUGCUGUCGCUGCUCGCUACUUUUCCAUUCCGCGGAGAUCCGACUCUUAAAGUUAAAAUUUUAGACGAAGCUCUAGAAGAAAACAAUCCUGAACGCUGUCAGGUUAUUACAGAAGAAAGCAGGAUGGCGGGAACUAUUGCUAACAUUUGCGACGAAGCGGAAAUAUGCGCGAGAGGGCAGCUCAUCAAGCAACCGGAUGGAAAAGCCGUCAUCAAUCCAAACUUUUACGGACUAACUGGUUCCGAAGCUCAACAGUUAAAGUCGUAUCUUCAUAUACGUCCGCCGCAGCAACAGUGGAAUUCCAACCUUCUCAGCAGGCAAGACUAUAACUAUAGUAUGGAUUUCCUUGACUCCAUCGACCAGGAUAUACCUAAUGGCUGUUGGAAUUUGAGUUUAGAACAAACAGGAAGCGUUGCGUAUCUGAAAAGCUUGUACUGGCCUGGAAUGACAUAUUUCCAUAAGGUUCGAACCCCUGACGCCGGUUUUCUAUAUAUAGGCAACGGCCGUAAAAAUCUAGAUGUACCAUUUUUGGUUUAAACAAGUUUG